UGGUUGUUGUGUGUCUGUAUGAUUUUGCCCAUUUUUGCAGUUACCUUGUGUCUCUUUACAGCAUCUUUUUGUGGUAUAUCUGUGGUCAUUUUGAGUCUCUUCCUGGUCAGUAAGUGUUAAUUUGUUACAUUUUGCAGUAGUAGGCCAGGCCCCUGAGCCUCUGCCCAGUAGGUCUGUUAAUUAAUCCAUCAAUGAGAGUCACUCGUUGAUAAAUUAGAUAGGAGGCUAAAAUACAGUAUUGAAAACAAACAAAAACACCAUAUUACAGAACUUUAGAUGAACCAAACUCUACAAUAGUUAUCUGGCAUUUGUUGCUUGUGUGGUUGUAAGGCCAUCUUCUACGUAGGUAUAGGUUUAUUAGUGAUUCCGUUUCUUUAACUGACAACAAGUGCUACCAACUCAAUUCACAAUCAAUCUUAGGCUGUUUUGUGAUAUUUGCCAACAAAAGAGUAACUAACAUCCCCAAACCAAGCACUAUGCAACCCAGGUGAACAUUUUUCAUGCAAAUGUACACAUUACAUUUCUAUAGGCUACACUUAGCUAUCAUUCAGUAAACAAAACUGCAGCUAUUAAAAAGAAAGGAGCUGGCUCCAGUUGCUGCCUUUAUAUAAAACCUCUAAGUCCCUUAGGGUGUAACCACACUCACCUAUUGUGUUAUUGUGUUAUUAGGAUCCAUGGAAACCAGCAGGUGUGGUGGAUGCUCACACUACCUCUGUGAAAACCUGACAACAAAAAACUAAAACUAAACACAGUAAGUCCAUGCACAACAUAGCAUUAACCACAAAGUGUAUCAUACUGGCAUAUAGAUAACACAGAUUACAUUAGCUACCAUGCUGCUGCAAAGAAUAACCUCUAUAGCAAUGUGUAAUUAUUUCUUUUAACAGUGUAUGAUGGUAUUCAGUGUGAUGUAUUUGGUUGAUAUAUUGGUUUGUGCAAUUUUUGGGUGGUUUGAUUUGUGUUUAGCUUUUGAUUUAAAAAAAAAAAAAAAAAAAAGUAUAAUUUAAGGUGCUUAAAAAUACAAACGAGCGCGUUGUGCCCCUCUGCACCAUUCUGCAGCAUUAAACAUUUACUGACGCUAUUUCAAUCUGUAUAUUCGUUUAUCUGCUCAACUCAGUUUACGUCCUCACUUCCUCUGUGGGAUCCGGUGGGAGACAUUGAGCGCGUCUCAGCUCAGUACCUGCUGUAGAGGGUAUUUCCUUAAAAGCGAAACUUAGUGAGCUGCGCAGGUGCAGUAGGUGCAGCCCAGCAGAAAAAAACAGAUUUUUUUUUUUCUUUUCAUACAUCUAUCUAUGGGGAAGUAACAGCAGUCCUGCGUUUCUCUGUCACGGCAAGAGAAAUCCAGACCAGAAAAGGGACAAAGGCUGAUUUCCUUAAAGAGUUUAUCUGAGAUGGAAGGUGAUAACAAACACCAAGGCUGAUAAUGUGAUGAAAAGAGAAAGAAAAUCAUGGCUGAUGAACUUGGGCAGUCACCCAAGGGUUGGACUGAAUCUCAAGUAAGCACCUGGUUAAGGUCUAUUGGAGUGAAGGAGCAGUACAUAGAAAAGAUCUAUGAGGAAGAGGUAGAUGGACUGAUCCUACUUACACUGGAUGAGGACUUUUUGAAGUCAAAGAUUCGCAUGAAAUUAGGGCCUGCUCAUUUGAUUAUUCAAAAGAGAGAUGAGCUCAUCAACGCUAAACAAAAAUCUCAAGAAAAGAAAAAGUCCACCAGUGGCAAAACAACCGAGUUGGAACAGAAAUCAGUGGAAUGUCUUUCUACAACAACUGAAGGUCCACCAGCAGAUGUCUUGAAGAACAGACAGAGUGCUCAUGAACAAUGUGUGCUGACUUCAAAGGAAGACUGCAGACCACGCCCAUUUGAUCAAGAAGGGAUUGAUUUCAUAUACGUAAAGCAUAGAGUCCUGCAACCUGAAUCAGGUGCUUCUAACCUGAUAUCUCCAUGCCAUGAGUUUAAGUCAUUUGCUGUAGCUGCUGCAUUGGAUCGCACAAGACUCCAGGCUAAGUUUGCCAAAGAGGUCCUUAAAUUUGCAACAGGCUGUAUGAAUAUUAGAUCAAAUGGCACAAUACACUUUGGUGUGAUGGACAGCAAGGAGGAUGCAGGAUACGUGCAUGGUGAGAUCAUUGGUAUCCCUGUAAAAGAGAAAGACAUUUAUGUAGAUGCUUUGGACUACAUUGAAAGGAGCUUCUCCUCGAAUGAGGAACAUGUACGCCAGUGUGUGCGGCCACCAAGGUUCAUUGAGGUUAUGGAUCGAGAAAGUACAGAAAAGAGGUAUGUGGUAGAGGUUGACAUUGUGCCUUCAAUAGGUAUUGUUAAGAGCAAGGUGUAUUCGGUUCGUCUGCCAAACUUCAAAGAGUCAACCAACAAAGUAGAAUAUGAGAAAGAAACGACUCUGCGGAGGGUGGGUUCAAAAACAGAGCCAGUGAGCGACAAAGACUUAAGUGAUUUUUAUCAGCGUGUCAAAGAUCGGGAUGCCCAAAGAGAAGAAGCAGAGAAAGGUCAGUUCUUCAGCGCCCCAGACUUCUGCCAAGACCUUGGAAGGAAACUCAAAAUGCUAAUGACUAGUGGGAAGAAAUUCAUUGAAAAGGAGAAAUGGUUCAUACUCGUAACAAACAAAUUCAACCCUGAUGACCUCUGCAACAUUGACUGGCUGCUUAACAUGACCAUGUUCUGUGUGUUUGACUUUGACCCAGACUCAAAGAUUUCAGGUCUUUGCAGUAAAUACCUUCAGCAUCACGCUGCAAACAUGCAUUCUCUGCAGAGCUACAGGAUAUCCGGUGACAUGACCGUCAAAGAAUUCACAAGUCACUUGCAUCUGUUCGAGCAAACUAGCUGGAUCUUUUGUAAUGGCCGUACUGACUUCAAAGGAAAUGAAACUCCAUGUGAUGAAAUGACCUGGAUCAAGACAAAAAUGACUUUCCUGCGGGAAUCUGUGUCUUUGAUCUGUAAGCAAAUCUUGCCAAAAGGGACGUUCCAGGUAAUUUUUCUUCUCACAUCACCAGUGGAGAAACCACUCUUGCACACUUUUAAUGAGUUUUUCACAGACAUGGAAGGCCAUGAAGACAUCAUCUGCAUCUGUGAAUCACAGAAAAACUUCCAGAAGUGGCAAAGCUUUGCAGAGGGGUCAUGUGGAACAGAAACUGUGAACAAUUGCAGUGUUGUUGGAAUGAAAAUGAGUCACAUUAAUUCAACUCUACAGCAAAUACAACCUGUAAAAGCACAUGCCAGCAAACACCUACCGGUCUUUGUGAAAGGGACAUGUCUUCUUGAAACACAGGCAGAGGAACAGAUGUAUUCUCUGGAAAUUCUGACGGUUGAUCAUUGUCAUGAAACAAGUGAAGAAUUCAUCAAUGAGGAGAAAGCAAACAUUGAAGAGCAGUUCUAUCGUGGUGGGAGAGUGACCUGGUUGAAUUUCUGGCUUGCUGAGAACAAGUAUGUAGGAGAGGUAAUUGAAAGAGAUGCAUAUCAUGAUGUUUCCAAACUUCUCAAUAGUGCUUUGAAAUGGAAUGCAGAUCAAACUCCCGUGAACAGUAUAAACAUCUACCAUCAUCCAGGAAGUGGAGGAAGCACUGUCGCAAGACAAGUGCUGUGGAACAACAGGAAAGAUCUAAGGUGUGCAGUUGUGAAGCCUUCAUACCCAGUUCCUGUUGUUGCACAACAUGCAGUUGAACUAAGAGAAUAUGAAGAAAAAGAUCCACAGACAUGUCUUCCUGUGCUGCUCCUCAUUGAAGACUCGGACAAAGAAUAUCUAGCUGAUCUCAGGAAUGAACUGGAGGUUGCCAUUAACACCAAAAGGAUCCAGUAUGGAACUCUGUGUUUCAUUUUGUUGAGCUGCAGACGAUCCCAUAAUCCAGAGAAAAGAUGCAAGGAGUCUCCACUACAGAAUGUGUCUGUCACUCACAAACUAUCUGUUCAAGAGAAAAGAAAAUUUGCUGGAAAACGAGAGGCACUUGAAGAACGAUAUGAGCCUGAAUUCAUCCUGACCUUUGUGUUGAUGAGUGAAGGCUUCAAUGAGAAAUACGUUCAACAGUUUGUGGAACAUUUGCUCCAAGACAUUGACCGUCAUUCCGUUGUCACUCGCCUCAUUCACUAUGUAGCACUGCUGAACACUUAUGUUCAAAAUUCUUUCAUCUCUCAGUCACAUUGUGAAGCUUUGCUUGCCUUAACCAUUCACUUGGAAAGGUUUCGCCAGUAUGAGUUUGAGAAAUCACUCAGUGAUCAGGCUAAACUAGUAUUCUUGCACCUGAGAGAUGACAAGACACACAUUGAAUCAGUCAGAAUCAUCCACCCACUCGUUGCAAAAGAAAUUCUCAAACAGCUUUUGGGGAACCAACAGACCCAAAGCAGUUUGGCAAAGAGUUUGCUCUGUGAGAACGUGCUUUUUGAGCACAGAUUUGGAAGGGACGAAUAUCUGUCAUUUCUGAGAGCACUUUUCAUAAGGCGAGCCAGAAUAAGCAAAGGGGACAAAUAUGAUAGUUUUUUCUCACCUCUGAUUGAGCAUGUGUGUGAAAAGGAGAAAAGCCCAGGCAAAGCAAUUGAGUUACUCAAGGAAGCAUUCCAGUGUUUUCAUAAAGAUCCAUUCUUUGCACAACAACUUGCUCGUCUCCAUUAUUCUUAUGAGAAGUUUGAGGAGGCAAAACACUGGGCAGAGACAGCAGCUAAACAGCAGCCCAAUAACUCAUACAUCCUUGACACAAAAGGGCAGGUGUACAGGAAAUGGUUCCAAGCUAAAUGCAAAGCUAUUGACAAUGACAAUGUACCAAAGACAGCCCAAAAUAUAGCAGAUGCUAUGGAGACCGCACUGAAGGCCCUGGAGUGUUUUCAAGAAUGUGAGAAAGCAGCUGAUGCAGAUAUGGAAAACCUUAACAGCUCAGGGUUUUUUUCUGAAGUUGAGGUUGGCUGCAGCCUGCUCAAACUGAUCUCAUCAACCCAAGUGUUUGCAAACAGAGCCAACGGCCACUCGGAGUGUAUGAAGUACCUGUUAACUGAUUACAUUCCAGAGGAAGUUAAAGAUGCCUGGGAACCAUUUCAUGGCCGUGUGAAAAAACUUCACAAGUCAAUGCAAGAUGCCUUGGAAUGGAUUUCAGAAGACCUUAGCUACUUUCAGACAGACAUCGGUGAAGAUGAAGAGGAGACCCCUGAAAGACCUGAAGAGAAGAUAAGCCAUCCGCUGACAUGGUUGGCAAAAAAAUCUGCAGAGUAUGGGAAGUACUUCAGUGAAGCUUACUCUACUGCACUUCUACAACAUGGGCAAUCCAUCCCAGCUAAUCUGACUCCUUUCCAAAAACGCAUGAUCAUCUAUCAUCUUGGCGGAGGUAACAUUACAUCCAUCCUCUCCAAGUUAACUGACCAGAGGGAUGCAGUGUGUCUUCUAGAGAACAUCCUUUCUCUCUACCCCAGCAAUCCAAUCAAGGCCAAAUUUGGUCAAAGGGAUAUUGUGAAUUACAUCGUGGCCCACAUUUCUCUGAACUGCCUGUCACCACAGAAUCAAAAGGUAGCUCGUCUGAAAGACCUUCAGGCACUCUGUCGUCAGUUCCCAUCUGAUAAAAGGAAAUGUUUACCAGGUGCCCUGUUCUUGCUUACCCUGCUGUUCUGGCCUGAUGAUCAUGACACAGCCCUUGAGAAAGAGACAAAGUAUGAAAUUGUGCGAUCGGCUGUUGAACACCUGGAUAAAAGCUACUGGACCAAGAAGAAGGACAUUCCUCAGAGAAAGAGAAGGAUUUACACCCAUUUUUUCCUGGGCAAUGGGAAUGGAUUGGACAAAUUUGUCCACAAGAGAAAGUUUGAAACAGUCACAAAGGGGUUCUCUGUCUCUGAGAAACGCAUGAAAUGGUUUAGAGGUGAGGCAUGGAAAAAGCCUGAGAUUGCCACGAUGCUGAAGUGUGUCUCUGGAUGGACUGAAGAUGGAGUGGUGUACCUUGAAGGCCCUCGGAAAAAGAAGUUCAAUAUCUUGCCUCUUCAUUUACCUUCAGUGCCUUAUAGUAAUGAAAACAUCACCUUCUACCUGGGGUUCACGUUCAGAGGCCCUGUUGCCUACAACAUCACUGUGAAGAGGUAGUUUGUCUUUUAACAAUGAGCCUGUCACAUGUGGCUAUAUGUCAUCUUGCUGAAACAUGGGCCUAGUACCACCUCAUUACCAAGAGCAAGAACAGAAUACAAUGAGAUUAAAUUCAAAAUAACACAAGCCUUCUUAUGACAGUUUGUAUUUUGCAGUUUGCAUUUUCCCCUCUUGUGUAUAUAUAUGUAAGUGAACUAAAAAAUACAGCAUUAGUGUCAUAGAAAUCAUGAACCAGAUUUUUUUUGUAUAGAAACAUGGACUAUGACAUGACUGACUCUGGUUUCUCAGAGUAAUAACAAUGUAAACUGAGUAUUUCUUACUCUGCAACUCAAUGCUUCUCAAUACAACCUUCAAUUUCCUGUUUAGAUUGAUCUAUUUUUAUGUAUCCAGAUUUAUCAAGUAUCCUGUUUUUUGUUAUAGUAUUUUUUUAAUCAGAAUGUUUGUAGAUCUGUGAUCUGAUUGAACUGGAACUGGCUCACAUUUUGUGUGAUCCUGAAGAAACAGAACUAGACUUCUACUGGAUAGAAAAACAGCUCACAAGAUGAACUUUGGUUCCAAGUGUGUAUAUCUGGGCUUCUAGUAGAUCAUUGAUAGCUUACUCACUCUUGUACAUUUUCCUGGAUUCAGUGUAAAUAGAAAUGGAAUUAAAUGCAACUAUUUUCAUGGUAAUUGUAUCAGUGUUAUAACAAUAAAUGUAUUAAGAGCUAAACAGCAACAUAAUGUACAGUCAGAGAAGAAUGUGUAUACAUAAUGAUGUGCAACAGAAAAAUGUGUAAUUUAAUGGUUGUAUGUUCAAAUAUACUUUACACAAAUUAUGGAAACUUACUUGUCCUUGAUAUGAAACCACAAAUGAAGCCAGACAGGCUACAGUGCUCACCUGUACUUUUUUGAUUAUAUAUACUUAUGUUAAAUGCUUUUUUUUUUUUUCAAAAAUUUUAUUAUAUGGGCUUUUUGCCUUUAAUGGACAGGACAGUGUAUGAAAUAGAGACAGAGAGAGAGUGGGGGAAGACACGCAGCAAAGGGCUGCAGGCCGGAAUCGAGCCCGCAGCCGCUGCAUCGAGGCAGUGCCUUUGUACAUGGGGCGCCGGCACUAUCCACUAUGCUACUGACGCCCCAUGCUUUUGUUUUUGAUACUAACAUGAAAAAAUAUUUGAAUCUGUAAACAGUGGUGUUCGUAAAUAUAUGCAAAACAUGUCACUGAAUAUAAUAAACUCUUUUCUAUUUCAA